CAACAGCCAGCAUGUUGUCCGCGGCUUCCAGAGAAACUUUAGCUCCAUUUAACGUCUAGUUAUAUGAUUUAUAAGGAGCUGAAGAUGAGGCGUCUGUCCAGAAGGAAAGCUCUGAGCUUGGUGAAGGAGCUGGACGCCUUUCCCAAGGUGUCGGAGAGCUACGUGGAGACGUCUGCGUCGGGAGGAACAGUGUCACUCAUCGCUUUUAGUGCCAUGGCGGUUCUGGCCGUCUUGGAGUUCUUUGUUUAUCGAGAUACCUGGAUGAAAUACGAAUAUGAAGUAGACAAGGAUUUUUCCAGUAAACUAAGAAUAAAUGUUGACUUCACAGUUGCGAUGAAAUGCCAGCAUGUGGGAGCAGAUAUUCUGGACCUGGCAGAGACCAUGAUCACAUCUAGUGGCCUGCAGUACCAACCUGUUAUUUUCGAGUUGACUCCACAGCAGAGGCUGUGGCAAAGGACGUUGCAUCUCGUACAGAGCAGGCUGAGGGAGGAGCACGCUCUGCAGGAGGUGCUGUACAAAACUCUGCUGAAAGGAGCUCCUACUGCUCUGCCACCACGGGAAGAUGCUUCUGCAGAGCCACUCGACGCCUGCAGGAUUCAUGGACACGUGUACGUCAACAAGGUGGCAGGAAACCUUCACGUCACAGUGGGAAAGCCGUUUCACCAUCCUCAGGGCCAUGCGCAUAUCGCAGCUUUUGUAAGCCACGAGUCGUACAACUUCUCCCACCGGAUCGAUCAUUUAUCCUUCGGUGAGGAGAUACCGGGCAUAAUCAACCCUCUGGACGGCACAGAGAAGAUCACCUACAACAAUAACCAGAUGUACCAGUACUUCAUCACAGUGGUGCCCACCAAACUUAACACGUACAAGAUAUCUGCAGACACACACCAGUUCUCUGUGACCGAAAGGGAGCGGGUGAUAAACCACGCAGCAGGCAGCCACGGUGUUUCCGGCAUCUUCGUCAAGUACGACACCAGCUCCCUGAUGGUGACCGUGAGCGAGCAGCACAUGCCGCUCUGGCAGUUCCUGGUGCGACUCUGCGGCAUCAUCGGAGGCAUAUUCUCCACCACAGGGAUGCUUCACGGCUUCGUGGGCUUCUGUUUUGAUAUCAUCUGCUGUCGCUUCAAAAUUGGAGUGUACAGGCCCAGAGAGGAUGUGCAGCUACACCACCAGAUGAAUAAUCUGGCCAAUCACCAAACGCCUCUUCUGGGAGAAAACGCCCUUCUGGAGUAG